CCUUUCCUGCAGUUUAUAAUUCAGUUCAAUUCCGCGUUUUCAUUUGAUUUGAACCAAAAACGGGGUUAGGAAUUAGGAUAUGCAAUUCAGGAGGGCAAGAGCGGCAGAAGAAGAAAUGGAGAAGGCAGAAAAGAGCAAGAAGAGGUGCGGCAAAAGGAAGAUAAGCAAAUCUGAAACUUCUUCCAUUGUCAUGGACAACGCUGACACCAUCUUUGCGCUCAUGCUAGCAGCCCUCUGCAAUCAUGGAAACGGACCCAAUUCUCAAUCUCUUCUUAAAACAUACCUAAAUCAAUUGUACGCCUUUCUCUUCUCAAAAUCCCUGAAUUCUAUUCCCCUUUCCAUCCUCGCUUUGUUCCCUGUCCUUCUCAGUUCUAAGUGUCCAGACAUUGCGUGUCGGAGCGCAAAGAUUGUGGGGGCCACUUCGCUAUUGUCCUUAGAAAUGAAUGAGCGAAUUGCUUUAGAUAGCGAAAUUGUGAAGGUUUUAAUCUUGGCUUUAGGGAGUUCCAGUAGGAAAGUUUCAGUGGCUGCAUGUAAUGCUCUUUUGGAUUUGUCCACCACUACCGUUGGAACGCUGCGUUUAUUGGAGUUCUCUGCUCUAGAGAAGCUUAUGAUUAAAUUUCUUCAGGUUCGGUUUUCUUCAACAUUGAUUUUUUUGUGCAAUGAGGACAACAGAAGUGUAGCUUGUGUCAAGAUAGCAUUUAAAGAAGAUACACAUAUACUAUCAAUUCUCCAUGCUGCAAUAUCUCUAAUUAACACCUGCAACCUUGAGCGAUUGGAAAAGGUCCCAAGGAAUCUGUCUGAAACUUUCUUGGCAUUUUUGAAAAGGCUGUGGACAAAAGUACAUAGUCAAAUGUUACUUGGUAACCCUUUGAUAUUUAUUCCGGAGAGAAAAUUAUGUAUAAGCAAUAUUACGAUUAACAAUCUCGCAGAAAGCAUUUUUAGGCUUUCAAGUAGUGUCAAUCAAUUUGCUCCCUUGCCAUCUCUUUUGGUCAAAAGAAGGAUUUUUGGUUUGAGUGAGGAUAGUUUUGAAACUUUCAUGUUACGCGACUGGGAGGUAUCACCCUUUAUUGUGAGAAGACCCUCAACAUCUUUGGUUGAGGAUGACAUUUUUAGUUCAUUUACAAAAUCUCUGAACUAUAAAGAAUCAUCUUAUUCAUUUAUUUCUUCGAUGCUUCAGAGUUUCAUUUCUUGUCUGCCUAUUGGUUCAGAUGAAUUAGACAUCUUAAAUUUCCUGGAGGAGGUAAGAAAUGAAUUGGGCUGCCCUAUAAUCUACCAGCAGGACCUACGGGUACUAAGAACAGAGAAACAAUCAAAAAGGGAGAUGCAUUUCUUUCCUGAGAAUUUAGAUCCAUGUUGCAUUAUGACUCCCAAUUUUUUCUCCAUUGAUGAUAUUAUGAAGUGCGAAGAAGCAUGCAAAGAGGGUUAUACAAUUGCCAUAAGAGGCAUGGAGUUUCGCUUUGCAAGUAUUGCAGCUGUGGCAGACACCUUAGCAUCUUUGUUUGGUCAACCAUCAGUAGGUGCAAAUAUGUAUGUGACACCACCUAAUUCUCAGGGAUUGGCUUGUCACUGUGAUGACCACUGUGUGUUUGUGUGCCAACUCUUUGGAAAUAAGCAAUGGACAGUUUUUUCUCAACCAAAUUAUCAGCUGCCUCGCUUGUAUGAUCCUCUUGAUAGUCAACAGUAUUUGGAUGGUGAGAAUUCAUUCUCUGUUUGCAGAAAGUUCUUUCUAAGGGAAGGUGAUGUUUUGUAUGUUCCAAGGGGCUUUGCUCAUGAGGCAUGUACAGAUGAUUCUGUUUCUGGUGAACUUGCAAGAUUUUCCGUACACAUCACAUUUGGAAUUGAGGUGGAACCUCGUUUUGAGUGGGCAGGAUUUGCACAUGUUGCACUUCAACGUUGGAACCAGAACAAAAAAAAGCCUGAUCCUGCUUUGGUUGAGCCAUCGUCUGGACUUUUUAAUGUGAUUACUGUGAAUCUGUUGCAUGCUAUGAUUGAGUUAAUUGGUGCUUCUGAUCCUACCUUCAGGAAGGCUUGCCUGGUUGGUGCACUGUCUUUGCCAUUGGACAGGAGGGAUUGGCUUUAUUGUAACCAGAAAACCAUAUUCAACUAUCUGAUCAAUAAAAUUAACCUGGAAUCGUGGUUCUUGGAAGCCCUCAGGAUGGUGGAAGUAGCAAUUGAAAAGAAAGAUCUUUUUCAGGGGAUGAGGUGGCUUCAUCUUCUUAAUAAUGAGACAGAAACCAUCCAAGGACAUGGUUGGAAUACACCUUUAAUGGAAAUUGAAAAUCUGUUUCCAGCAUACAUUCAGCACCAAGACCUGGCAGAAGCUGCAUUCAUGCAAAUUAAAACCAAGUUCUGUGAUGAGGUAUCAUUUGAGGAUGUGGUCGAUAGCUAUAAAAUGCUAUUUGAGAAGUAUAAGAAGGCAAGAAAGCAAUAUGUGAAUGGAAUGCUUUCACUUCAUUGUAAUUAAUUUUGUUCCCUUAGGUCAUUGUGCUAUAGUUUUCCAAGUUUAGUCUUAUAUGGACAAACAGAUGUUGUUCUGCACAUUGAAUAUGUUUCUAUUUCUCAUGUGAAGCAGCUUAGAUAGAAGAAGCCAGCAUCCUUUUUGGUUUGUGCAUUUGUUGAGCCUUACAUCACAGGCACAUGAUGUACUAACCCUUUGAUAAUGAAACAUAAAUAAAUCAGUUUUGAAUUCUCUCUUUUCUUCUCUAGUUGUUGGUGCAUACGGGUAAAAACCCCACUAGAGAAAACAACAGAAGCAAUGCAAAGGGAAAUGUCUUCAUCCUUGUUAUCAUCAUUUUGAUAGUACACUGUAAACUGAUUUAUUAGAAUUGAAAAACAUGUGUGUUUCAUUCCUUCCUUCUGAAUCUUGGGGGAAAAAAGGCAUUCUAUGGUCUGGGAUGUUUUGGGGUGGGAAUUGGAUGAGUUGUCACACCAUGGUAGUCAAUGUGGUAAACAAGAUCUAAAUCAUUGUUGCUGAGAUGCUGAUGUUCUCUGGCAUGUUCAUGGAUUGUCAUCUGCUUUGCGUCUUCAUCAAGAACCUGCAGUUCACACAUCCAUGCUCAGUAAACUAAAUUGUCCUGAAUUCAUGGCCCUACUAAACUUGAGUGCAUAAUAUUUGGUUAGAGAUGGUGCUUUUAUCCCUCCAGGGGAAGGCACUUUAAUGACGAAAGUUGCACUUGUCAGUGGAGAAUUUAGAGGACGGUAGGGUUGAGUAUCAAGAGAAUUCCUUUUGACAGAUUCAGAUAAAGAAUUUCUUAGUAAGCAAAAAGAGAUUCAUUCAAACCUCUAGGAAUAUACCUUGUUUUUCUCUUGUCCAUUUAUGUGGAGUGGUAACAUUCUCUGUUCUUUCAUUGAUCUCCUUCCUGUAAGAAAGAUCACAGAAGGAGAAGAAACGGAGAUGUUACAGGAAAAAAAAUACAUAGCAGCUGUAAGGAGAUAGAAGAAAACAAGAAGUGAAAUUUUCAUUGCAACUGUGGCUGAAUCAAGGAUUAGAGUAUCCCUGAGAUGAAAGAGGCUGUACUGGAACAAAUGCAUAUAUAGAUGAGCACCGCAAUCACAGAGAGAGAGUCAAUUAUUGGUUGAGGGAGUGGGGUCUGGGGAAGCACGUUUGAGCCCAUGUCUAUAAUUCUGUUGCUUACAAGAUUGAGGGAGACACCAUGCCAUGCAAAAAUCCAAAAGACUUUCUUUCAAUUGCUAUUUGCUAUGUAGAUGUCUGUCUCCUCCCUUUUCCCUUGAGGGAGAGUAUUUUCAAACCAGUGAACUUAGUUUCAAAGAGAACUCAAUUAGUGUAUAUGUUUUAUGUAUUUGACUAUUAAUAGUAAUUUAUUCCUUUAUGUUA